ACUUUCCUGCAGUGGCGUAGUAAAUCUGAUGCACGCAGGACAGAGUAAACAUCAGAGAGAGAGAGAGAGAGAAAGAGAGAGAGGAGUAGAUUAUAUAACACUACUCCUGUGGCAGAUUCAACUCCUCUGCUUUAAAUAAUUCCCCCUUCUAUCUCUGGAUGAGCGGCAGCAGUAGCAGCAGCAGCAGCAGUAGCAGCAGCAGCAGGGCUCUGAGUCGGACGCUUCUUUCAUCGACCCGGAGGAGCUGCACCCCUCCUCCCUCUCCUCCGGCUCGCUCCUCCCCUCUCUCCCACCCUCCCUCCUUCCUUCACUUUCUAACCCUUCUUGUUCCUUCUCCUCCUCCUCCUCCUCCUCAUCAUCCUCCUCCUCCUCCUCCUCCUCCUCCUCUCCUCUCAGCUGUGGAUGCCCUCCUCACUUACAGUAUGGACUCGGGAGGGGAAGGAGAAGAGGGUUGGAUGGAGGACCAGUGGGAGAAAUGGUUGACCCAUGACAUCAGCCUGGAUGAGUUUGAAGAUGACGACCUGUCGGAGAUUACGGAGAUCACAGACGAGUGCGGGAUGAGCCUCAACUGCAAUGGUCCGGAUAUAAAGGGCCAUGUGAGGCGAGGAACCAACAGCAUGUCGGGGAGGGCCGAGCUGGGUGCCGUCGGCCAGCUCCAGGCAGAGAUGCUGCAUUUGGAACUCAUCGACGACGGUGACGGUUACCGCAGCGACAAAGAGUCCUCGAAGGCGUCAGCCAUCGCACCCCCGGCAGUCACCAAGGACCCUGCAGCACCUGUUACCAUGGAUACCUACCGGCCCAAGAGACCCACGACCCUUAACCUCUUCCCGAUUGUGCCACGCACACAGGACACGCUAAACAACAACUCCUUUGGGAAGAAAUACAGUUGGCAGGAGAAGGUUUCAGGCUCGUCCUCGCCUCUUAAAACAGGUGAGCGCACCCCUCCGCGCGAGCACAGCUGUCUCAGCGACGAGGACACGGUGCAGGGCGGGGGAGCGCAGACCAAAGACCGCGGGACGUCCACCGACGCCCCCUGCAGACACAGCCACACCUCGGGACACUCGCACGGCUCGUCUACGACGGCCGCGACUCGCUCCAAGCUUCAGGAGAAGCCGCCCGCGCCACCCCCGCCGCAGAACUACACGCCAGCUCCCUUAUACCCGGCGGGGAAGGCGGAUGGAGGCGGGAACCACCGGGAGAGGAUCCGCUACCACACGGACGUUCAUCUGGAGCCCACGGAGGAGAUCUAUCUGACUCCCGUGCAGCGUUCCGCCGACCCCCUAGACCUCCCCAGCUCGCAGGACCGGCCUUUCCUCUCACAGCAGACCGAGCAGGGCCGCAUGUCCAUCAGCUCCGACACAGAGGGCCCGCCUCCUUACCAGCCCCUCCCAGACCGGACAAACCCCUCCAUCUAUGAGGAGGACGAGGUCUACAUCCCCCCGCCUUCGUACGCUUCUUGUGUAGAGUCCCUCAUCACGCCGCCCACCAUGGCUCGCUCCUCCCUCACGCUAGACCUCAGCCUGAAGGGGGCAGGAACGGGGGCCGGGGUCAUGCUGAGACCCGGAUCGUCGGUGGAGUACGUGGAUGCCACGGACGACAGCUACUGCGGGGAGGACGAGGACGUGGACAGGAUAAUAAUGGACGGAAGGGUGAGGAAGGGGGGAGGAAAGGGGGACGGCGGUGGCAACAGAGUCCCACUAAGGACUUCCAUGAACUCGGAGGCCAGCGGCCUUUCGUAUGACUCGGUCAAAUACACGCUGGUGGUGGACGAGCACGCUCAGCUAGAACUGGUCAGCCUGCGGCAGUGUUACCAAGGCUACAGCGACGACAGCGACUCGGCCACCGUCUACGACAACUGCGUCUCUUCUCCCUACGAGUCGGCCAUCGGGGAGGAGUACGAGGAGGAAGACGAGGACGACGAGGACGGCAUUGAGAUAGGAGGAGUGAGGAGAGAGGCGACCGCUUGUCUGUCUGAAGACUCCACUCCAGAGGUCGACCUGCACUUCUCUAAGAAGUUCCUCAACGUCUUCAUGAACGGACGCUCUCGCUCCUCCAGUGCAGAGUCCUUUGGCUUGUACUCGUGUCUCAUAAACGGAGAGGAGAGGGAUCAGAGCCACAGAGCCGUCUACAGGUUUGUCCCUCGUCACGACGAUGAGUUGGAGCUGGAGGUGGAUGAUCCGUUGCUGGUGGAGGUCCAGUCGGAGGAUUACUGGUACGAGGGCUACAACAUGCGAAGCGGUGCUCGUGGGAUCUUCCCAGCUUAUUACGCCAUAGAGGUGACCAAGGACACUGAGAGCUACAAAGUGAAGAGCAGUGAAUGGCUGGACAGAUACCGGCUGAAGUUCCUGGGCUCAGUUCAAGUGCCCUUCCACAAAGGAAACGAUGUUCUGUGUGCAGCUAUGCAGAAGAUUGCCACCAACAGAAGGAUGACAGUCAAGUACAACCCGCCUUCCUCCUGCAUCCUGGAGAUCAGUGUGAAAGGCAUCAAGCUUGCAGUUCAGGAGGAUUAUUACGCCCACGACAGAAGCAACGAGUGCAGUCACUUCUUCCAGUUAAAGAACGUCUCCUUCUGCGGCUAUCACCCCAAAAACAGCAAGUAUUUUGGUUUCAUUACUAAGCACCCAGCAGACCAGAGAUUCGCCUGCCACGUGUUCGUGUCUGAAGACUCCACCAAACCUCUUGCAGAGUCAGUAGGGAAAGCCUUCCAGUUGUACUAUAAAGAGUUUGUGGAGUUCUCGUGCCCUACAGAGGACAUCUACCUGGAAUAACCCUGCCCUGCCUUCAACCACAGCCCUGUACAGUACACUGUAUCAUAACAUAAUGUUGCAUGAAGGACAGACAUAUCUAAAAUAAAGAAAAAAAAGAAGAAAAAUUCAAAAAUUAACACAUCUGACAAACAAGCAGGAGAAGAAGGAUCACGUAUCGGAACCCUUGGUGAAACCUCUGUGCAGCAAGAAGAGAUGAAAAUGAGCCAAAGGAGGAGUCUUGAGAAAGGAAAAUAUGCAAAAUGGAGUCAGUGAUGAGGCGGUGACCGCAGGCUGCCCAUGGAAAGCACAAACAUUAUAUCACCGCAGCCUUGGCAGCGCUAGUUAGCCUGUAGCGUCAUCUCAGCAGGUGUCAACACUGAAAGACCGGGAGCCAUAUACUGGACCGCACCAGCUUGUAUUUGCACCUGACAAAAGAAACAGCGGCUGAGAUUUGGAAACAGAUGAGUUUGUCUGAGCAUGAGGGAGGAGUAUAUCUACUAAAUAACAUUCUCACACUGAAAAUGUACACUAAGUGAAACAAAACCAUGUAUGAACAGUGACCUUUAUCCUUGUAGCACACCUGAUACCAAGGUGAUAUCCACAUUGUUCAGUGACAACAUAAGAAUCCACCCUAAAACACUGUUAUAAAACCAGCUAUAGGUGAUGCUCUUUGCAUUUUGGGUCCUCUUUAGAUGUUUGGUGUUGAGGAUAAACCUUGUUUUUCGUAUCCAGACAAUUUCAUCAGCUGUUUGACAGCAGAAAAUGUUCUAGCCAUCUGGAACAUCAAUGGCAGGUUUUGGUGUUCGUAAAGCUUCAGUUUACUCCCAAAUGGACGCGUACUCGGACGGCUACGGACACCACGGAUGAGUAGUAGUCCUGAUUGUACUGUCCGAUUUAUGUCACGCGGACCCUUGCGGACCCUCGUAUACUUGCGCAUGUGGAAAGUUCGGCUUAAGGCUCACUACAUAUGAUCUGCAGUAUGAGCUGUGCACACUGCAAGGUGGGGCUAGAGCACAACGCAGAGGCACAAAUGUAGCAUAUAGGUUUGUGUCGCAAUUCGCCAAAUAGCAGGAAAGAACAAAACAAGCCUAGCAAAGGCCGUGUUUUUUCAGUUUAGCACAAAGACGAGUAAGGGCCUGAUUAGAGCUGAAACAAUUAGUCAAUUAAUCAAUUAACCAUUUUGAUAAUCGUUUCAUUGUCAUUCUUAAGCAAAAAUGCAAAAAAAUCAGUUUUCAGCUUCUCAAAUGUGAAUAUUUGCUGGUUUUCUUGGUCUUCUACGAUAUUAAACCAAAUAUCUUAUGGUUUUGGACUAUUGUUUGGACAAAACAGAUAAUUUGAAUAUGUGAGCUUUGACUUCGAGAACAUUUUAUGGAAUAAUUGAUAAUGAAAAUAAUCCCAAUGAUUAAGAAGGGUUUGGGUGCUUGAAACCCUUUUUAUUCCUUCACGGGUAACUUUCAAACAAGGUCAAAGUUGUACCUGAUUCAAUUUUAAGCGCGGUGGCAAGGCGUAACCUACAAGUGGUGUACAAUGCCCGAGCUAGCACAGCUGCGAGGUCCGGCAUCUUCAUGCUCUCCAUUGGCGAAAAGUAAUCAACGAAGAUGUGAAGCAAUUCUCUGCUGUAGAUCAUGUGUAGAGGUCCUUAGAAUAAUAGAGCCACCAAUGUUCCACAAUGAGACAGGGAGAGGAGGAAAUACAGAGACCGAUUUCUACAUCCAAAAGAGAAGGCAGUAGACUAGAACGCGAUGCUAGACGUUUCAGUUGCCAUGUUGAUCGGUUGGUUUUCUGUAGGUUGAAGGGCAUUCUGGGAAACGUAGGUACAGAAAUCACUAAUUGAAGUAAGAGUAGACAAAGCAGGGUGGACUAAACAUCUUUAACAUCGAAUAACAAAUGGCUCCUGAAAUGCACUCAGCAUGACAAAACAGUGUGAGGGUGUAUGAGCGUGGAUUUUUCCUUUCAAACUUUAUAGCAGCUUCUAUUGGUACUCUAGUGUUAAGCUAAACAGCCCCCACAAUUUGCCGAGUAAAGCCUUUAGUCCUUAAUUCUUAGUCUAAUGCCAGACACACUGCGCUUCUUUACUGUGUGUUUUAGGUAUAUAAAGGCUUAGGCUCCUGGGCGGUUCAAGACGAGGUCCGACAUACAGAAUUCUCCUUCGUGUGGUGUUCUAGAAACUUGCUCCACAUCAGAAAGCCUAAAUGCUCUCAGUGUGGCGGUGAUAAGAUAAUGAGGCUGAUUCUCGGGACAGUAGGUACGGGCGCUGACAAGGGAGCAAAAGAAAAACUCUGGUGUCUUCAUAUCUUCACUAGUAGUGCCUCUUUUUUCAUCAGAUCAUUGUGACCUUCCUCAGUGAACAUUAUCACAUUUUAAGGGAAUGCCAUUGGAGUGUGUGUUGAGUUUAAGAGUUUGAAUGCAAAUUGUGAUGAAGGAGUAUGUUUGAUGUGACUUGGGCUUUUUUUUUUUUUUUCACUGCACCAAAUGUGCUGUGCUGUACCUGUUCUGUCACAAGUCAUAUUUCAGAAGAGUGAAAUUGUGCCAAUACAGAGCCUUUAUAUGGGCUAGAGGGAAUACCCACAAAAGUGCUUUAGUUUUUGAGAUACCCAUACCGGAGGUAGAACAAAGGACAACGAUGUUUUUUCAAAUUCUCUUAGGUCUCCUACAUAGGAAAUGGAUACUUGGAUAAAAAUAUUUGACUUAUAUAUUUGCCAAAGCUGCCUAAAAGUAAAUGACUACAUUCAUCAUAGACCUUCACAUCUGAUAUUUCCGCUCAUUGUACUCAUGUGUUUGUAGUACUGUAUUUCCUCAAUGCAUCAAUGCAUUCACAUUCUUUUUCUCACACAUGUAGAGGAACCCCCUGUCCACUAUCACACAAAAUGCAAUCGGAGCUUGCAUUAUGGCCUUACAUGAGUUUAGGUAUAUAAACUCCCAUUCACAACAUCACAACAUCUGUCAAUUUAACCACUUUUGCAGUAAAACAUUUUUAUAUAAGAAUCCAUUUUCUAUAUAGGAGACCAAACAGAAUAUGAAAAAAACAUAGUUAUGCUUUGUUCUAUCUCCGGUAGGAGUAUCUCAAGAUAUGGGGUGUCUUCCCUCUAGCCUAAUAUCUGUGACCCGAGUAAGAAGCUAAACAGACAAGACAGAAAGAUUAAACUAAAAAUCAACGUUUAAAAUAUUUUAAUCAUCCAUGGUCCAUUUCAAUACUUUGACUUUAGAUAGUCUGCAUUUACAGCCCAGUCUCACAGCAGUUCGUGAAAUAGUCAUGAAAUUUAAUGUAUUGAUUUGUGUACAUAGACACGAAUCACACAUUUUUUGGUGAUGGACAGCGUGAAUCAUUAAUUCUCAUGUAAUCCACGUAAUUGUGAACUGAUGUCCGUGCCCCGUGUAAAACCAGAAGUCAACGGUUGAUUUAUUUUUGUCCCGUAACUUCCGUACUGAAGUUACGGCAGUUCCGGUGUUAAUUUUAACCCAACCCACGAUUUUUUCAUAAACCUAACUAAGUAGUUUUAUUUUGAAAAGACUGGAGCAUAAAUCGUCACGUUCGUCAUGUGUUGCUGGAUAUAACACACAAAAAAUACGUUGUUGAAAGUCGUGCUGAGCGUCAUGAAAAAAAAAAAGGAAAAUGCGUGUCUAUGGACACAAAUCAAAUAAAUUAAAUUUUGUGACUAUUUCACCAACUGCUGUGAGACUGUGUUGACAUUUAAUACACUGCUCGGCUACAGCGCCCGUUUAACAAGCGUCUGACAGGUUAGGAAUGACAACUUGGACGAUGACAACUGACAGAUGACAACUGGUGUCGCUGGAAUUACGUUCUGUUAUCCAUGCUAGUGCUGUGAGCUAAAGUUAUCGAUUUUGGUGGACAAUAACAACUUUCCAGCAUGGGUACAGCACAGUUGUCCUGCAGUGAAAAACAAACCAGACAGUGUGCUUCCUCCAUCAUUUAUCACUUACACUAGUUUCUAACAGAUUAUUUUAUGUGAUCUAUAUUUAACAAAAGAUAAAGUAUCUGUAAAAGAAAUAUUAAUUAAUGAAGAGUGUGGAAAAUAGUCAAUUCAGCCAUCUCACCAGUCCCCACGGUUUGUUCCUUUCAACAAAAAAAAAAGAAAUCUGAACAAAACAAAAGGAGUCGUCUCCUGUUGAUGAUCGAAGCCAUCGUGUUCACAUCAAGAGAGCAACACUGACUUUUAUAUGAGUUCCCUUCUCAAGAGCCGAUCAGGCAGAUAGGAGAAAAUGUACUGUAGUGGGGGCUAUACAAAGGGUGUAUAGACAUGCCAUAUAUAAAUAAAUAAUUUAAUAUCUGUAAUUAUAAAUAUUACAUUGUAUUGAUUCAACAUGUAGUAUGUGAAAUUUCUCUUUAUUUUGGAUUUUUUUUUAGGUGUGGAUUAUUCUUUAUUUAAAAAUUUUAAUGCAGA